AUGCGGACGUGGCGGUUGUACGUGUCAUACUUUUUGGAUGUAUACACUGUUGGAGCCUGUAGAAAAGAUGUUCCUGGCUCCAAAGGUUCCCUUUUGGCUUGCCUGGUGUUGCGACACUGCUGCUGUUACCUCUGGUUUUGCUGUCCAGACGUGGCAAUACUACACGGCGGGAUGCAGCAGGGCGAUCGCCUUGCCGUGAUGCGCCGCAUGCAACACCACUUUUUGGGCGACUCGGAUUCCUCUCGGACCCCGUUGGUGCUGGUGGCGACGGACGUCGCUGCUCGAGGACUCGAUUUUCCUCCUGCGCUCUCUCUAGUUGUUUGUUACGACGCCCCACAUGACCCUGAGGUUUAUGUACAUCGUGUAGGCCGCGCUGGCAGAGCUGGCCGCUCGGGCCUCGCAUGGUCGCUUUUGACAAAACAGGAGAAGCGCCAAGCAGCCUUUGUCGUGGAGAAAAUGGAGACGUCCGGACAAACUGUCCCACGGUCCUUGUUAGAGUUUGCCAUGCAGUUCCGUAAGCACUUUUACAGCCUGUACAUGACUCCUUUCAACGGCGGCUGCCACACGGCCGGCCACAGCGGAUACCCCGUCUGCGGGUCGACCAACAAGAGAGGCCGGUGGGACAGCAAAGAGCAAAGCAGCAGCAGCAAUAACUCGGCAAACGAUGAAUCAGGAACUGCCUCUGGGGGAUCAGAGGGACGGAGGGGUGCAUUGAACUUCGCAAAGCGCGAGCAGAGGCGGCAGCAGUGGCUUUCGACGCUUGAAGCCCGAAGGGACCAGCGGCAGCAGCUGGAGCAGCAACAGCGGAACCGACAUCGCCGAGAUAGGAGUCCCUCCCCCCGUCGCUCCUUCAGAGAACGUCCCCAGCAGACCCCCCCCGUGGGCCAGGAAGAACGGCAACGUUCCCAGUUGGGAGUGUCCGGGAGCCCUGAGUUCCUAGGAUGCUGGGACCCCUCUCGGUGUCUUCCCUUGCUACCUUAUACCACACCAACUGAAGGCGGAAUGGAACCGAGCCUCUGGUUUGCAGAUGUAGAAGUAGACGAGCAACGGCUGGGAGCUUGUAGGGCGUCAGCAACAGCGGGAAGUGAAUGCAACAGUGCUCAACGGGACAGCCCCAAAAGUCCUCGCGACUCCUUUUCAGAUCGACUCAUCGCCGCCGUCGCGAGGAAAUAUUCACCUCUUGCGGGAAGCAUGUGCUCAGGAAGUCUUCCUGAUAUGCGCCGCACAACAAACGAUGAAACGUCAAGUGUCACGGCGGCCGCUACCUGCCGCAUUGACCACCGGUCACCGGAGAUUAUUGCCAUACUGGAUAGCCACCCCCUCAAAAGUGUGCAGUUCGAAUUCAAAUUUAUUUUGUGGACUCCGGAAAGUCCCGUCGCGCCCUACGUUCCGAACACGCCGGGGGAGCCUUUUCAGUGCGUCGCCUACGGCAGCCCGUUCUGUACUUGGCGCACGUGGUUGUUUCCUCCCCCUCCUGCUCAGCGCGCAGUGCCCCCUUCAAAGGCCAUGCAUGUGGUGUGGGAAGGCAGUGGCCCCAGCAGCAAUAGGAAGUUCUGCUUUGACCCGAUGGACGUGGUUGUGGAUGAGUGCGAAAGCGGGAACCUCGAAGUGCUCUACCUUUGCAAGAUCGCACGGUUCGAGGACCCACGAGCUGAUAGCGCCAACGAGUACGGCCACACGACGCGUUUCUACAAUACCGUCAAGGCUGAAGGGCGUAUGGACUACUCGCGCAUUCUGCCCAACCUAUAUGUGGGGUCAUGCCCCCGUCAGCUCAAACACAUCCGCCAGCUCAAGCAGGACUUGAAAGUGACCGCAGUUUUCAACCUCCAAACUACAGAAGAUAUCAAAAACAAUUUUCCUGACCCCAUUGCGAGCACGCGGACACCAGAAGCAGUGGGCCAGCUAUAUGAAUCCGCUGGCAUGCGAUACGUUUGGAUGCCUACAGAGGAUAUGAGCGACGCCUGCCGCAAGCUUGCAGUGGCACAGUGUGCACUAGUUUUGGAUGCCUUAAUCCGGAACGGCCACACGGUAUACGUUCAUUGCAACGCAGGAGUGGGGAGAAGUGUUGCUGCAGUCAGCGCGUAUCUGUGCUUUUGCGUCGGCAUCGACCAGCGGAAGGUAAAUUUUUUGGUCAGCACCCGGCGCCCCGUCGCCUACUGGGACGAGAAAGCGAUCAAGGCUGGUCUUUUAGACUACCAAGCUAAAUUCGGCAAAGCAGGCUAA